UAUCACAAAAUAUAUCGUUAGAAUUUUACUUUACAUUGUCAAAAAUCCAGAAAAUAAAUAAACUUUGUCCCGCAUCCAAGACGGGCCAGAGGGCGGCGGCCACGGGAGUAAACACACAGGAUGAGGGUGACGGUGGUGCUGCGGGCCAACAACCUCGGCAACCAGUUCAAGUUUUAUUGGCUGACGCAGGCGAGGCGGAAGAUCAGGGAGGAUGGCACAAGGGCAGCGCUGGAGGCUAAGGGGAUCCAUGCCGUCAACCCCAAGGAGUUCCUCACCCCGGCAUACCCUAAGCGUGUUCUGGAGGCACCCAUUCCCCCAAAACUCGAGGAGACGUUUGCCACACCGCCCCCAGUGAUCCGGGACACCCCAUGCCACGUGUUCACCCACCGCUUCUCUCCGAUUGGUGGACUCGCACAGGCGCAGCUCAUCACCAACUCCCUCACCCGCACCACUCUGCCGCAGACCAUCGCCGACUAUGCUGCGACUGGUGAUGGUGAUGCUUCAGAUAUCAAUGAGAGAGUGAAGGAAGCCAUCCUACACGCCCACCUGCUUGACACGUUCCAGGAACGGCUGCCACGCAUUCAUGAUGCCAUCAACAACCCCGGCUGGGUCUUCCCCAUCGAGUACGGCAUCCCACUCUGCCGCAAACACAAAACACUCACCUACCAGCUGCUGCUCUUGCUGGACCAGGUGGAGAGCUGCGGCCUGGAGAGACAGCUGGUGGAGGACACGUCCACCGCUGUGAUGCUCAACCAUGGCGACCGCCUAAUGCAGCUAAUGCACGAUGCAGCCUACCUGGUCUCCUCCCCACGCCCCCUCCCCCCCAUGGCCAGCCCAGAGGAGGUGCGGGCAGCCUCCGAGAGCGAGGGGAUGCCUGACCUCUACCCCAUGUCACCCUUCAUCAACUGUCGAGCUCGGACCUCAUACUCAGAAGAGGAGCGCUAUGGAGUGACAUCAUCGCAGCUACACCCGCACACCGUCUUCAUCCACCACAACCAGCCGUACAUGCCCCACCAGGAGGACACCUUCACGGGCAUGUCCCUCCUGUACGCCUUCUCCCACGCUGCAGCCUACGCCAAGCUGAUCCGGAAGGACCCCAUAGGUGACCUCGACGAACCCAUCACAGUGCAGGUCGUCCACAUCAACCGCCAACGCUACCACUUCGGCGUCUUCCAGCUCAACACCCUCAACCUCAACCCCGCAACCUCUGACGCCGCGCCCACCACCACCCGCAACCUCUUCUGGACUCAGCCUUGGGAGACACUCUUUGACACGUGCAAGUUCAAGGUGGGCAAGCCGGUCCUCGAAGGUUAUAAUCCCAAAGUGUUUAGUCUUCUGCGAGGGUUGCAUGUGCAGGGUUAGUUAGGUGUGUGUGUGUGUGUGUGUGUGUGUGUGUAAGAAGGAGAGAGAGUAAUUGGGGGCAUUGAAAGUAGUAACAGUAGUAAGAGGAGCUGGAAAAGGGAAAAAAGGUGGGAAAAAGAUGUUGCAGAGAGAGAGAGAGAUUUGAGUGAGUCCGUGAUUGAGUGAUUUGAGUUGGUGAGUGAGUAAAUGAUUGAGUGAUAGUGAGUGAUUGGUGCAUGAAUGAGUGAGAAAAAGAGAGAGAGAGAGAGAUUGAUUUACCCACAUUCUCAUUUCUGUCAUGUGGCUUAUUCACCAGCUUUAUAAAGUGUUGAAGAGUGUAGAGAGGAUACUGAAAAUAAUAAAAAUGAUAAUGUUACUGUAAAUAUUAUAAUAAAUCCUAAGAUAAACCAGGACAGACAGACACAUACACAGUGGUUUGUUAAUGUAAAGCUUGUGUUUGUACAAAUAUAAAUGUUAAAUACUGA